GUAUGCACCCCAAGUCCCCGACUGAACACGCUUCGGGGAGUUGGACCUUGAUGCCCGUGCCUGUGCCCACUUGCACUUGCGCUUGCACCUGUCGACUUGUUCAACGCCCCGAUUUACCGACAUCGGUUCGCGAUAGCUUCUCUGACCAACUGAGUCCAGCGCUUCGUGGUCAGCUCACAGUGAAAGUUCCCGACGACACUAUAGACUGGACAUGCCUCAAAUCCUCGCAGAAUGAGCCUCGUCCUGUCCCCGCCGAAGCUUGUGCUUUUGGCUGUCCACUUAGCCAUUCACGCCGAUAUUGAAAGCCUGGCCUUUCUCGCCUCUCGACAUGCCACCGUCCUGCGCAAGGAUCUCGUCCUGCGCGUUCUCUUGACCUAUCUUCCCGAGACAGUCAGUUCUAGCAAUUAUCUUUCCUUUUUAGAGGAGCUUUCGACUGGCGAAUUCAUCGACCGCGAAGCUGAGAACAUCGACUACUCCAUCGUCGAGAACUUGUCGGACGAAGAUGCUGCGAAAAAGGUUCGCAAACUCCACUUGCUGCCGCUAGCCAGGAAGGAUAUUACUGUUGAAACCGACGACGAUCCAUUGGCUUUAUUCCUUCUCCACCGAGCCCACCGUGUCGACGAAGAGGCUGGCCUGCUCAACCAGCUUCCCGAAUUACUCGGCCCUUUUAUACAAUAUGCUCCAGGUAUCCGGGUCUGGAUGGUCUCAACCUUGUUGCCACUGCUAAGGAGGAAUUACGAAUACUACCCGACGGAAAGCGUGCCCUACACGUUGGCCGAGUUCCAGAGUCUCCCAGAUGGUGCCGCCGUUGAUGCUCUUUUGUCUCAGACGGGCGCGCAGCCGGAGGAUUAUACUUUGAUCGGGAGAGAUCUCAGAGGCAUGCUUGUGCCUUGGUUGCAUGACGACGCCCGGUGGAAACGCUUAGACGAGACGGAAUCGACUGACGAGGGAGUCUACAGUGCGGGAUGGGAACGUUUCCUUGAAUGGCUUCUUUCCAAGAGCUCGAGCUCCUGGAGAGUGGCUGUUGCUGCCGUUGAGCAAUGGGGAGGUGCUGUAGACGUAGAUCUGGGAGAGCACGAUGUUGUAUGGCUCAGCGAGCAGCAACAACAGCAUCUCGAUCGCCGCUAUGCACGAGCAAUCAUGGCGUGCGCUUACCUGGUACCGGAGGCCAGCAUAGAAGCGCUCGAAGGAGCCCACCAAAUGUUGAGGAAGGUCAUGGACCUGCUGGGCCAUGAUGAUAUGAUGUCACUUCGUGAGGGCGCAGAUACAUUAUCUGCUGUUGCGUAUCUGGAAGGCGAUGGGAUCUUGAACCACAAGAACACUGCCUUUAUGCGAGACGAUCUGCUCAAGGAUUCGAACCCUCUCACCAAGCCGUCGAGAAAGUCUACACACCUUCUCCAUGGCCUGAUCCUCAGCGCAUUCAUACUGACGCAAUCUGGACUACCCUGCACUAUCAAGAGAGCCGGAGACUUGGCGUUCAUUCAAGAUGAACGAGACCAGAAGGCCGAGGUGAUUCAGCUGAUACAUACAUUAGCCGAGAAGGCUCCCAAGAACGACGAAACGUAUUGGGUCAAGGCACGGAAGGAAGUUCUGUGGCUCCGAAACUGGGGCAUUGCACCCACGCCAGAGGGCAAGGUGGUGGGAAUAUUCGCUAAAGUCAAGCCGGAAGUCAUCGAGACCGAGAUUUUGAGGGCACUCCUGUCCAGUGCCCGGUAUCCGCUCGCAAGAUCCUUAUACGAGGACGCCACCGACAAGCCGCUGUCGCCACAAAUAGUGCAGGAGACCAUCGUCGCUGCUGCGCUCAAUGCGUACGACAAUGCGUCAAACCCGAGUCGCGCGAGGGGCGGGCUCAAGAAGUGUGACGAGAUUAUCAAUGCCUUCCCUCAGAUAAUACAUAAGUCCCUCCCUGAGCGGCGCCGUAUCGACUCUUUGCUGAAAGCAACACAUGCCCUCAGCGAAUACCGGCUGGUCCUGAGGCAAGGCGAACCAUUCAGUCCCAUCGUCUUGCGUGUCCACUCAGAUCCUGUAUCCAUCAUCGGCAAGGUUCUAGAGCAGAACUCGAAGAGCUACACUCGCAUCCACGACCUCUUGGACGUAGGCACCAACAUGGUUCGCGCCGGACUCGUGGACCGCAACAACAAGGUCGCCGCAGCUACAGCUCAAGCCGAAGAGAAUGGGCAGCAAAUUGGUGCUGCGACACAACGCAUCACAGCCAUGUGUAUCGAAGCAGCCUUGAAAGAAGAUGACUUUGAGACGGCAUACUCAUACAUCGUCAACCGGCUCAGUGGCGGGGUGGAUGCAUCAACAGGCUCCAAGGUAAAGAUCGACGAUGAUUGGUCCUGGAGGGCUGCUCUGCAGGCCGGGCAGUACAUCAGGAGUGCCCGAACAGUACGCCCGACACACCUGGGCAACGCCAGCGGGAAUCCCGACAUCAGGCACCUAGAACAGCGCAUCGACUGCCUCGCGACGGCCCUGAGGAUCGCGCCUCCCUCGCAGCUACAGGAAAUUCUCAAAACAUUCCGCCGCUGCGAGGAGCAGCUCGACUCGGCUAUCAAAGAGGACGCUGCGCGCGAAGAGGACCUGGGCGCUGCCGAGCACUCUAGUAUGCCUGGCGGCUUUGACGCAGCCCCCGCGGCGGUGCGAUCUCACCGGUCGUCAGGCGAACGGCAGGCCCGCUCCUCGGCCGCGUUUGCGAGCAAGGCCGGAGAUGACGCCCCCAUGUCGCUGUUCGAUCUCUCGCGCGCAACAGCUCGCGCGGCGACGCGCAACUUUACGGCGCUCUCGACGCUACAGCAGUCUGCCGGUGGUGGCGCCGCUGCUGCCGCCGCUGCGGCUCCUGCGCCGGGUCCAUCAGGCACGGCGCCUGACGGCGAAUGGGAUGGGCAUGAUGACCACCCCAGGGCGAGGAAGCGCGAUCAGUUACGCGAGGCGGCGAUGGGCACAUUGACGUCGGGCGUUGGUUGGCUUAUUGGUGCGCCUGCGCCUGCACCUAAUCAGUCACAGGCACCAAGAAACGACUGAGGUCAAGUUCCCAAGUUGAGGAUCAUAUAUACUGGCAGAAGUAGUCACGACUAAAUGAUGAAUGAUUCCCAAAUUUUCAGACAAAU